AUGGCUUCGUCAUCUGAAGCUAAAAUUAACAUGUCUACGGUUGGCGACCAGGAGCAGAAUCAGCGCGCAAACGACAAUGAUGAAUUGGAAUCACACCAACUCCAAUCUAGGCUGUCCCUUGUCUCGAAGAGAAAGCGGCUCGAAUCUUCCAGCGUCUCUACCACGUACAACAGUGCAGCGCUGAGUGGUUUAACCAAAAGUUCAGCAGCUCCCCGAUAUGAAGUACUCAAAAGUGCUUACAGGCCACCAGUGCGGCCAGUGGCCGCAAAGUUUAACUGGUCGCGAGACGUUGAGAUGGAAGGGCCAGACAGUGGUCAAGUCGUGAUGGAAGCCUCGAGAAAGCGAGAAGUAAUCGAGGUUGCCGAAACGUCUCUAUCUGAGGAAGGUGGGGCUGGGUUCAUCGGAAAUGGCUCAACAAAACGGGGUAUAUAUGCCAGGUUCGAGGGACAGGAGUAUGUUAUAACAGUACCAAUCGACCUUCAGAUGUCCCACUGCGAUGUCCAGGACAUUCUUGAAGCCGAGUUUAAACUUCUGUGUCUUGGUGAUUCCUUCAAAAUUGCGUUCGAUGCUCAUGCAUCGAACAAGGGUGUGGUGACAAUUCCCAGUCGGAUUAUCCCAUCACCAACUUCGAACAGCCGCCCACUUCCCUAUCUCAACUUUUUGGCCACGCCUCUUCUUCCAUGUGGACCCGUUGAUGCACCUGUGAAAAAGUUUACUGGAAAUGGAAGCAUUGGGGAUGCGGAUGACCAUAUCACUCGUGCAAUUCACGCCUUUGCUCACUUUUCCGUUCUAUAUUCUCAGGAAAACCUUCUGUUCUGCGACCUUCAAGGGGCUCUCGAUAUCAAAGGCCACAUGUGCCUCAUCGAUCCCCAAGCUCACACUUCGUCAGCUGCUACUGGUCCGAGGCAUUACUGGGACAGAGGACCGGUUGAGAUCGCAAACUUUCUAAAGCAACAUCAGCCUGCAUGCGGAAACAACUGGAUUUGCAACGCACUAAACCUCGACAACUUAGUUUUUGAGCCCAAUGAUGACAUCGCCCAGUCUGAGUCCCCACCAAAGAAACGGCUGGCUGCUAAACGAGGAAGCCUUUCGUUUAUCACCAACCCUGACACUUAA